AUGAGUGACAGCUCGCUCCCCUCUGCAGCUGUGCAGCUCUGCUACGAGAACGUGAGCGGAUCCUGUGUGAAAACUCCCUACUCACCAGGCCCCCGCCUGAUUCUCUAUACGCUGUUCGGCUUUGGAGCCCUGCUGGCCGUGUUUGGAAACCUCCUGGUGAUGAUUUCAAUCCUUCAUUUCAAGCAGCUGCACUCUCCAACCAAUUUUCUCAUCGCCUCUCUGGCCUGCGCUGACUUUCUGGUGGGGGUGACGGUGAUGCCCUUCAGCAUGGUCAGGUCCGUGGAGAACUGCUGGUACUUUGGGCAAAGCUUCUGUACUUUCCACACGUGCUGUGAUGUGGCAUUUUGUUACUCUUCUCUCUUCCACCUGUGCUCCAUCUCCAUCGACAGGUACCUGGCUGUUACUGACCCUCUGGUCUAUCCGGUCAAGUUCACGGUGCCUGUGUCAGGAAUUUGCAUCAGUCUCUCCUGGGUCCUGCCCGUUGCCUACAGCGGUGCUGUGUUCUACACAGGUGCCCAUGACGAUGGGCUGGAGGAAGUGUCCAGAGCCCUCAGCUGUGUAGGAGGUUGUCAGGCAGUUGUUAAUCAAAGCUGGGUGUUGAUAGAUUUUCUAUCCUUCUGUAUACCUACGCUUGUCAUGAUAAUUCUCUAUAGUAAUAUUUUUCUUGUGGCUAGACAACAAGCUAAAAAGAUUGAAAAUAUUGGUAGCCAAACAGAAUCACCAUCAGAUACUUAUAAAUCCAGAGUGGCCAAGAGAGAGAGAAAAGCAGCUAAAACUCUGAGUAUCACGGUGAUAGCAUUUAUGAUUUCAUGGUUACCCUACAUCAUUGACUCAUUAAUGGAUACCUUUAUGGGCUUCAUAACCCCUGCCUACAUUUAUGAGAUUUGCUGUUGGUGUGCUUAUUAUAACUCAGCUAUGAACCCUUUGAUUUAUGCUUUAUUUUAUCCUUGGUUUAGGAAAGCCGUAAAAGUUAUUGUGAGUGGUGGGGUUUUCAAGGAGAGUUCAGCAACUAUGAAUUUGUUCUCUGAACAAAUGUAA